CGCCGGAGCCCGCGCGCAGCCCGCACCCUGCGGGACCGCGGCCAUGAGCGGCGCGGGCGGGACCCACAUCACCUACGCCAGCCGCAAGCGGAGGAAGCCGGUGCAGAAAACAGUAAAGCCAGUGCCACCGGAAGGAGUCAAAUCGAACCCAUCCAAGAGACACAGAGACCGGCUGAAUACAGAGCUAGACCGGCUGGCCAGCCUGCUGCCCUUCCCCCAGGAUGUCAUCUCCAAGCUGGACAAGCUGUCCGUGCUCAGACUCAGCGUCAGCUACCUGAGAGCCAAGAGCUUCUUUGAUGUUGCAUUAAAAUCUUGCCAGGAUGACCGGAAUGGAAGUCGAGAGAACAAUGGAGCCAGACUCCAAGAUAGCUUGUGCUUGCAGGAAGGGGAGCUCCUGCUGCAGGCCCUCAAUGGCUUUGUGUUGGUCGUCACCACCGACGCGCUGGUCUUUUACGCCUCCUCGACGAUCCAGGACUACUUGGGCUUCCAACAGUCUGACGUCAUCCAUCAGAGCGUGUAUGAGCUCAUCCACACCGAGGACAGAGCUGAGUUCCAGCGUCAGCUGCACUGGAUGUUGAACCCCGGCCAGCCGGCAGACUCGGUGCCCCAAGGACAAGAAGGCCACGGGCUCCCCCAGCCCUCGGGCUUUUAUAACCCGGAGCAGCUUCCUUCCGAAAACUCUCCUUUCCUGGAGAGAUGCUUCAUCUGCCGCCUGCGCUGUCUCCUAGAUAAUUCAUCAGGCUUCUUGGCCAUGAACUUUCAAGGGCGUCUCAAAUUCCUUCAUGGUCAGAACAAGAAGGGCAAAGAUGGAACCUCCCUGGCUCCUCAGCUGGCUCUGUUCGCCGUGGCUACGCCGUUGCAGCCUCCGUCCAUCCUCGAAAUCCGGACCAAGAACUUUAUCUUCAGAACCAAACACAAACUGGACUUCACUCCCACAGGCUGUGAUGCCAAAGGAAAACUUGUUUUGGGGUACACUGAGGCAGAGCUGUGCAUGAGGGGAUCCGGGUAUCAGUUUAUCCAUGCUGCUGACAUGCUGUACUGUGCAGAAAGUCAUAUCCGGAUGAUUAAGACCGGAGAAAGCGGCAUGACAGUGUUUAGGCUUCUCACCAAAGAGAAUCGCUGGACCUGGGUUCAAUCCAACGCCCGUUUAGUCUAUAAGAAUGGAAGGCCAGAUUACAUCAUCGCCACGCAAAGACCACUCACGGAUGAGGAGGGAAUGGAACAUUUGCGGAAGCGGGGUUCCAAGCUGCCGUUCAUGUUCGCCACGGGAGAGGCCAUACUCUACGAGGUCACCUUCUCUUUCCCCGUGUCCAUGGACCCCCUGCUGGGCCGGCCGAAGGGGCCGGGGGCCGCCAAGGAGCCCUGCCAUCCCAGCUCCCUGCUGGGCGCCAUGCUGCAGCAAGACGAGUCCGUGUACCUCUGCCCGCCCGCGCCGCGGCCCCCGCCCCUAGAGAGGGGCUUUGCUUCGGGGCCGGGGGAGGAGCUGGACGGCCUGGGGAGCGGUGAGUGGCCCGAGAACCUGGCGGGGGAGGCCGAGCUGGGGCAGGGGCCCCAGGACCGCUGCGGCUCUUUUGCGGACGAGCUGCACAGCAUCAUGAAGGGCCUGGGCGUCAGCUUCGACGACCUGAGGCGCCUGCAGCAGGAGCAGUUCUUCCGAGGUGACGUGGCUGAGGAGGAUGACAUCGGGGACCUCGACCUGACUGAUGAAAUCCUGACCUAUGUUCAGUCUUCUUUGAACAAGGGCCCCUUCUCCCCUUCGGCUGCCCAGCCCCCUCUGCAGCCUCAGCCCCCUCUGGAGCCCCAGCAUUCUCUGCUGCAGCAGCCCCAGCAUCACCUGGAACAGCAGCCCCAGCAUUCUUUGCAGCCCCAGCAUCACCUGGAACAGCAGCCCCAGCAUCACCUGGAACAGCAGCCGCAGCAUCACCUGGAACAGCAGGCCCAGCAUUCUUUGCAGCCGCAGCAUCACCUGGAACAGCAGGCCCAGCAUUCUUUGCAGCCGCAGCAUCACCUGGAACAGCAGGCCCAGCAUUCUUUGCAGCCGCAGCAUCACCUGGAACAGCAGGCCCAGCAUUCUUUGCAGCCGCAGCAUCACCUGGAACAGCAGGCCCAGCAUUCUCUGCAGCCCCAGCAUCACCUGGAACAGCAGGCCCAGCAUUCUUUGCAGCCGCAGCAUCACCUGGAACAGCAGGCCCAGCAUUCUCUGCAGCCGCAGCAUCACCUGGAACAGCAGGCCCAGCAUCCUUUACAGCCGCAGCAUCACCUGCAGCAGCAGCAGCCCCAGCAUUCUCUGCAGCCGCAGCAUCACCUGCAGCAGCAGCCCCAGCAUUCUCUGCAGCCGCAGCAUCACCUGCAGCAGCAGCCCCAGCAUUCUCUGCAGCCGCAGCAUCACCUGCAGCAGCAGCCCCAGCAUCACCUGCAGCAGCAGCCCCAGCAUCCUUUGCAGGAGCAGCACCACCUGCAGCAGCAGCCCCAGCAUCCUUUGCAGGAGCAGCACCACCUGCAGCAGCAGCCCCAGCAUUCUUUGCAGCCGCAGCAUCAUCUGCAGCAGCCCCAGCCUUCUUUGCAGCCGGAGCAUCCUUUGCUGCAGCAGUCUGAGCAUCCUUUGCUGCAGCAGCCCCAGCCUCCUCUGCAGGCCCAGCCUCCUCUGCAGCAGCCGCCAGUGCAGGAGAUGCCUCACAUCCCCAGCUCCAGCUGCAUGGUCCAGGAACAGCUGGAACAGCAGUGGCGGCAGCAGCAUCUCUGUCAGAAAAUGAAGCACUUACAAGUGGAUGGUUUGCUGGCCAGCUGGAGACCGGGCGAGCCCGAGCCCUUCCCCUGCGUCCAGCAGGAGCCCUGCGAUGUCUUUCCAGACCCGGAUUUCCAGUCUCUGCCCUACACCCAGAGCUUGAUGUCCUGCUCCCAGGCGCUCUUCCCCCAGCCGGCUCCCCUGGAUCACCUGGACUUUCCUGUAGGAAGUUUUGAACAGUCUCCGUUCCCGAUGUCUCACUUAGGAGACUUUGUCAGCUGCUUGCAGCAAACCCCAGAAAGCACAGGCUAUGGGGGCCAGCUGCAGCCCACGCUGGCGGCCCCUUCGGCCUGUUAUGCGGGUGCUGUCUCCAUGUUUCCGUGCCAGCCCGAAGACCAGGCUUCCAACAUGGAUCCGAUGCAGUAUAACCCCAUGGCCUCCAAUCAGCACACAUUGUUAAACAAGAAUGGUUUAAAUGGAGGCAUUUUAAAUGAAACCUACCCAGCUCAAUUAAACGGCCUGAACAACCCUCAAUCUGCCGCCUGUCUCCACCAAGCGGAGGCCAGACCCUUCCCAGAUCUGCCCUCCAAUGGGCUCCUCUGAUGUGGCCGGAGGAGACGGCCUGGGGCAGGGGCCUCGCCAGGAAGAGCCCCUCGCCAAGAACUGCUAGAACAGGGUUCUGCUUUCCCAGCAUCCUGUGCGUGGGAGUGAACUUUGGCGAGCAGACAGCUGGCAAGGAAGCCCCUCUCCUCCAAGGGGAGCCGCGAGCUUCCCCUGGCCCCUCCGCUUUUGGCCGUAAGCUGGAUGGACAGUUUGCACCAGAGAGCGUCCAGUCUGGCAAAUCCUGCACCGGUGCACGCCUCCUCCAUGUCUACCCAAGUGCCUCUCUGGUCACGCAGGGAUUUUGGACAUUAAGGACUUGAUUUCUUUUGACUAAUGCAUGGAUUUCCUCUUCUCCCUACUUCAUUAUAUCACCUGGAUUUUUAAAGAAAUAUUCUGUGUUCAGUCCAGUUCUGUUUGUACCUGCAGUAGUCAGCCCUGCUUUUUGUUUUUGAGAUAUUAGAAGAGUAAAAGAAGAUAUUUAUUUAAAAGAAAUUAAUUGAUUAUAUUGCUGUUUACGUUGAGACUUUAAAUGUUUGCAAUGUGCCUUAUCUUUUAUUGAGAAGGAAACAAAAUGAGUCUGUUCUGUCCCAGUCAUUAGUCGUGAAAUUAGUUGUGAAAUUUAUAUUUUAAAAGGCAGUAUUUCGAUUUGUGGCCACUGUCUUCAGAAGCAAGCUUCGUGCUGAGGAUGACCCUAAACCUCGCUGGGCUGUAGGGUCGCCUUUCCAGGUGGACUCCAGGAGGCUGGGCCUGUCCAGCCUCCUCCCCUCCCCCCGGGGAAGAGCCGCCUCUGGCCCAGCACUGCACUGGAGCUGACCCGGAGAAAUCUCCAUGUCCUUAGUGGGUUCAGAUCACCUGGAUCGUCUUGCUAGGUUUCAGUUUGAGAGCAGUGGGAACGAUUUCUUUUUCUCGUCUCCGAGGAGCGUUAGAGUCGAAGCCGCCGACGUUCGGUGCCGAAUCUCGUCCCAGGGGGAGCUCGGAAUCGCGUCCGGCCUCGGUCGCCCAGAUCGCAGGGCGUCGCGUCGAUGGAAUGAAGAAAACUGUCCUUUGUACAAUAGUUAAAAUAUUCCAUUUUGAAAUAGUAUGAGUCACACUUAAGAACAUAUAGCUAUCGUAAAUCCCAACUGUGUAUGUGAGUUAAUUGUGUCUUUAAAAAAUAAAAUCGUAAACCCAAAUACACUUAGGUUGGUAUCCUGUGUUAAUAAGAGACAACUAGUCAUUAUUUGCAGUAAUCAGAUGUCAGGAAGGAACUUUUAGAUCAACAGAGAAAAAGGCUCAUUUGUUCCACAGCACCAGAUCCACUGAAACAGUUUCAAAGUCAAGUGCCACUUAGUGUCUGGCCCAUCAUUAUUUAUUCUUUGAACCAUGAUCUUUGAAGGACAGAAACAGCUGUUGUCUCUAUGGGAUGACAUCAGCUGGAAUCGCAAAUGGAGACAUAAUAGAAGACAUUCUUUACAGUUGCUUUUACAGCACAUUAAGACAUACACAAAAGCCAAAAAUAAUUUUCAGUUUUCAGUCAUUCAUUUUCAGGGGGGAAAAAAAUCUGCAGAAUGUCAUUCAAGUAUUAAGCACAAAAUUGGAUUGUCUAAAACAUUUCAUCAUUUUUCAGCUUGAGGUAUCAGAAUUCAGACCAGUGGUUUGAAUGAUUAUUUUUGCCAUUUUUUCCAUCUAAAAUUUACAUGAACAAUCUUCACACAACCACUUCCUGUAGAAUCUUUCAUUUGGGGUGGGGUGAGGGUGGGGGGGGGGGGGGGGGAUGGGGGGGAGAUGUUAUUUAGUGGAAAAAACCAUAGAUUUUCAAUGAAAUUGUGAAUGUGACAAUCAGUUAUUGUAUAGAUAAUGUAAAAUUAAAAGGUAAAAGGGAUGUUGUGUAUUUUUGUCAAUAAAACUAUUAAAUUUAUCUUGUUGAGAAUAUUAAAGUGUCGAACCAAGUACACCUUGUCUGUAUUGCUAAAGUGCCAAAGAAAGCAGUAAUCCCUUGUGCACUGCUUUAGAGAAGCUAUAUUUAGCAUUUUUGCAUUAGUUGAGCCUAUGAUCAAUGCAUAAUUGUGUCAGUAUAUUUAAUUUUCUUCUUUGCUUCACAGCGCUUCGCCGUCCCCCAGCUCCUGUUAGGAAGCUUCAGUGGCUACCUAAGCUAGCCUUGUGGACUAUUACUGUUUUCUUGGUAAUAUCAUGACCGCUCCUGUUGCUUUUGUCCCCAGUUCGCUAUGGCUUAUACCCACCAUAGAGGAGCUUCGUAUUUAAUAUAUGGUUUGUUGUGUGCUUAUUUUCCUUCAAGUAAAAGUUGUAAAUGGUAAUAUAUGGUAAUAAAAGUGGUCAAUCCCC